AUGAAUGGGGAGGAAGGGUUUCAGCUUGUACCAACAACCUUUACUGUUGAGGCUUCUAGGAAGGCACUUGCUGAAAUGAUUAUAAUAGAUGAGUUGCCUUUUAGGUUUGUUGAAGGGUAUGGGUUUCAAAGAUAUUCAACAUCCUUACAACCUAAGUUGCAAAUUAGGGAUAUCCCAUUUCGUCAAACUGUGGCUAGGGAUGUGAUUGGCAUUUAUGGUGUUGAGAGAGAGAAAUUAGGGGAAGCCUUAAAAGGUCAUAGGGUGUGCCUUACUACAGACACAUGGACUAGUAUUCAAAAUCUGAAUUAUAUGUCCCUCACAAGUCAUUUUAUUGAUGAUGAUUGGAACUUGCAUAAGAGAAUUCUGAAUUUUUGCCAAGUGGAAGACCAUAGGGGGGAGACUAUAGGUAAAAAGAUUGAGAUAUGUUUGCGUGAGUGGGGUGUUGAUGGCAUAUUUACCUUAACAAUGGAUAAUGCUACCUCUAAUGGUACUACCAUUAAAUUUUUACAAACAGUAACUAAAGAUUGGAAGGGGACUAUUUUAGAACAUAAGUUCUUGCACAUGAGGUAUUGUGCACAUAUUCUAAAUCUGAUUGUGGGAGAUGGUUUGAAAGAAAUUGAUGCGUCCAUUGCUAGGGUGCUUGAAGCAAUGAGGUAUGUGAAGUCCUCACCAAAUAGAAAUCGAACUUUUAAGAGUUUUGUGGAGAGAUUAGGUAUUGAAUCCAAGAGUUUACUAAGUCUAGAUGUACCUACUAGGUGGAACUCUACCUAUCUCAUGUUAGAUACUGCUGAAAAAUUUGAGAAAGUGUUCCUAAGAAUGGACUUUGAGGAUGAUAGUUAUUCUUCCUACUUUUUGAACAAGGAAAAUAGUGGUGGUGUGGGAUCUCCUUGUGGGGUUAAUUUUCAAAAUUGUAGGACAUUUGUGGGUUUCUUGAAACUUUUUUACAAUGCAACAAAAAAGUUUUCCUGUUCUUUGUAUGUUACUUCAAAUACCUUCUUUGAUGAGAUGUUUGUGAUUCAAGAGAAUAUUACUCAUUUAAUUAAAUCUCAAAAUCAUCUCUUGAAAAACAUGGCAACUAAAAUGGAAGUUAAGUUUGAAAAGUACUAG